AUGGGAGACCAGCAACUAGAUUGUGCUUUAGAUUUGAUGAGACGUCUGCCACCUCAACAAGUUGAAAAAAAUUUGAAUGACUUAGUUGAUUUGUGUCCACGUUUAGUUGAUGAUCUAUUAAGUGCAGUUGAUCAACCUUUGAAAAUUGCUCGCGAUAAAGAGACUGGAAAAGAAUAUCUUCUAUGCGAUUACAAUCGAGAUGGCGAUAGUUAUCGCUCUCCAUGGUCUAAUACCUAUGAUCCACCACUGGAAGAUGGUGCUUUGCCGUCAGAUAAGCUUCGUAAGUUUGAAGUAGAAAUGAAUGCAGCGUUUGAGGCCUAUCGAAAUGCAUAUUUCGAAGGCGGUGUGUCUUCAGUUUAUUUUUGGGAUUUGGAUUAUGGUUUCGCUGGUGUUGUCCUGAUCAAAAAAAUUGGUGAUGGUUUGCGAAACAUUGAAGGAUGCUGGGACUCCAUCCAUGUUAUUGAAAUACAGGAAAAAGCCGGUGGUAGGCAUGCUCAUUACAAGCUUACGAGUACGGUUAUGCUCUGGUUGCAAAUGACAAAGCAGGCUAGUGGUAUGAUGAAUCUAGGAGGGUCUGUUACACGACAGGUCGAAGCUGAUCAUCCGAUCAAUGAUUUCGUAAACACUCAUCUUAUGAAUAUUGGCAAAAUGAUAGAAGAUAUGGAGAGCAAAAUUCGUUCAACUUUAAAUGAAGUUUACUUUGGGAAAACCAAACAGAUUGUUGGUGAAUUGCGUACUACGCUUGAUUCAGAAGAACUUAAACGACAAAAGAAAAUUGCUACAGAUAUAAAAGGCGGUAUUAGCAAGUAG